ACGUACCCUUUUAAAGUGCGUGCGCGUGCCUUCAGUCUUUCCUUUCCUCCAUUUUGUGAGACGCGGAGUGGCCGGAACAAUGCAGCUGUUUGUGAGAGCUCAGAGUUUGCACACUCUAGAAGUGUCUGGUCAGGAGACUGUGUCCCAGAUCAAGGCUCACAUCUCCUCUCUUGAGGGAAUCCCCUCUGAGGACCAGAUUCUUCUCCUUGCUGGAUCUCCUCUUUCAGAUGAAGCCACCUUACUCCAGAGUGGGGUGUGUGAUCUCAGCACCUUGGAUGUAGCUGCACGACUUCUCGGAGGUAAAGUCCACGGUUCUCUAGCCCGUGCCGGUAAAGUGCGAGGCCAGACACCAAAGGUGGCCAAACAGGAGAAGAAAAAGAAGAAAACUGGCCGGGCAAAGAGACGUAUGCAAUACAACAGGCGUUUUGUGAAUGUUGUACCCACCUUUGGCAAGAAGAAGGGACCCAAUGCAAACUCAUAAUGUGGCCCAGCAAGUGCUAAUAAACAGAUGUAAAGCUUAA